ACUCCUGCUGUACAUGUCCGUCGGUUUGACAAGGUGGAAAAAUUGGGAAAGUUGUCCGCUGGCGGCAGUCCGCGGUGAAACAUCUGUGGAAAACUAGCGUCAGCUGGAAAACGUUUGCUCCCACGAUCCCACGAUUUUGUCGGCGUUAUAAUAGGUAGUCUUUUUUCUAGAUCAGCAUUUGGCGAUGAUGACGUUGGGCCAUGUGCUCAUCUGCCCUUGUGAAACACAUCAACAGAAAUGAGUAAAGAGCAUGCAAGCAUCGAAAUGGACCUGGCUUUUGGAUCAGCGAAGCCGUAUGGAUCCUCAAGGAGUAUUGUGAGGAGAAUAGCAACUAGUCUUCCGAUUAAACCCUGCCCCAGGGUGCAUUUUCAGCUUUAUCCAUACACUGAGGAUGCUGGUGUCCUGAUUGGCACCAAGAAGCAGAACGGCCUGGUGGCCUCUCUGGCUGAUAUCGCCUGGAUUGACAGGGAUGAUGACGAUGAUGACGAAGAUUACUUUGACAGACCCAGGUCAAGGAUCCCACAAGGAUUUGCGUUUCGAGCCCAGCAGCCUCAUCCUCAGAGAAAAGCCCCAACCCGCCGGCGGUCGCUACCCAGCCUACAUCAGGGAGCUCCGGACCCCCAGGGGCCAACCGUUGCAAAUGAUGAGGCCAUUCAGAAGAUCAGUGCACUGGAGUCUGAACUUGCAAAACUCAGAGCUCAGAUUGCACAGAUUGUACUGGCUCAGGAAAAGAACGCACAGCCAGCUGCUACCACAGGGACAUCUCCUGCUGCUCCCCCUCCUCCUCCUCCUCCACCUCCUCCUCCUCCACCACCACCCCCAAAUCUACAGCGGACAUUUUCAGCCAUUGAUUUGAUUAAAGAGCGCAGAGGGAAGAAGACAGACAGCCAGACAGUUUUGGAUCCAAAGCCAGCCGAAAUACCCAACAUGCUCGAUGUCCUGAAGGACAUGAGCAAAGUCAAGUUGCGAUCAGUCAAAAGUCGUCCAGCGGAAGAUGAUGCCAAAGUGAAGCCCAAGGAGCCGGCAGAUGCUGCAGCUCUUAUCGCUGAAGCCCUGAAACGCAAGUUCGCGCAUCGCUAUCGGAACAACAGCGAACAAGAUGACAACGAAGAUUUCAAACUUCCUGUCCCAGAAGUAAAACCUCAAACUGAAACCCCUCUGUUUGGCCAGCACAUGUUGAAGGCAACUGGAAAAAGAAAGCUGCUCUGAACAGGUGGAUCUCAUCUCGAGGUCUAGAUGUUCUGCGGACUCUUUAAAGUGCCUUAUUGACCUUUCAAUACCAGCUGUUUCUGUGGAAGGACAAGGGAUUUAGAUAAGGGAGUUAGACUGCCUGUGCCAAGUAUCAGUCAUCUCAUAGUGUUGCUCGUGGUCAUCAUCCUGACCAUCUGUUUUUUGCACUUUUAUAACUUAUAUUAGCUUUCUCUUUUACAAACAAGAAUUUUUCGUUUGUUUGUUUAUUUGUUUAACUGAAUGUCUUUUUUUUUUUCGUGUUCAAGAGUCAGAAUUCCUCACAGUCUGGUGUGAACAUGCCUGAGCAACACUACAGAAUAAUAAAAUGCUAUUAGUUUUGUUAUUCAAUCACUAGGUUUUCGUUAAACUGGUUGCACAUAGCAUAGUCGAUCAGUCGUGCAUUCCCAUUUUUCAGGGUGUGUAAAAGCUGAAGAUUUCUUCUACCGCAGGAGAAAGGGGCACUUUCUGACAUGUGGAGUGUUGUGCUGUAAUUUUUAUAUACGUGUAGACUAAUUUAUGAUUGGGACCUGUCUAUUUAUGUUGUGGUUAAAGUGUAUAAUUUAGUUUUAACAGUUAAUUAUGUCCUAGACAUGUUUGUUAAUAAUACCAGUUGUUUUCAGUCUAGUUUCAGUGACGUUUGAAAAGAUUUUAUCUGCUGAGCCUGUGGAAGUUGCAUCCCAGUCUUGCCAUGGCCUGUAUGGUUCAAAUAUAUGCAUAGGAUAAUUUUUAGUUUAUAUUACUUCUCUGAAUGAUUCAUCUUUAAGAGCCAAAGACAUUCCACUGAUACCUUCAAAAUUCUGCCAAAUUUUACAUGUCCUUUAACCUUUAUUUUGAAAAACAUUCCCAAUUAAAAUUAUGCUUAAAUAUUGAGAUUCUUUUAAAACAUUCACAGUCCCAGAUAACUAACGGUACAGGCACAAAUGCAGUGUUUCGUUGCUUUAUUAGUACCUACCUCUGCUGGUAAGAGCUGCCUUUUAUAACACAAUUCAGUAAAGAAGUGCUGCAUUGUUGUAGUUACAGUCUGUAUUGAUGGCGUCAUGGGUCCUAAGGUACCCACAGUCAUCAGUAUCCCAAAGGUAUAAAUUAUGCUUUCAGGCCAGUAAUCAUCACAUUUUUGUGCCUCGGUGAGGAAAUGUGACACUUGCUGACUCCUCUGUGUCAGGUUUUAGGGAGUAUUUUGUUCAGAGUUAUCGAUUGCACGUCGUUGCCAUUUCUGAUCACGGUUCAUGUCAUUGUAGUUGCUGCUUCAAGUCAACUCAAUUACCUUUUAUAAGGGAAGGUGGACUGGGUGUGUCAGUAGUAGGUGACUUAAAUUUACAGUUUAAGAUUUUGUAGGAGAGUUCUUUUAAAUGACGAUUAACUUAAAAUGGUCAAAUCUCUAAAUAAAAGUUUUCUCAUGA